GACAAGACCUCUUAAAAGAUGCAUCUCUGUAUCACCCUCUGUGGGAUAUUUCAUCUGUCAGCUGUGAUCCAGUCAGCUACAGUCAAGCAGGACACUGGGGUGAGAUUUGCUGCUAUUGGGGACAACGUGACUUUGCAGUGCUUUUAUGAAAGCCAAGUGGCGAUGCACUUCUCCUGGUACCGACAAUUCUUAGGAAGCCAACCUAAGCUCCUCUCUACAAUUUACAAAUAUGAUAAGCCAUCUGAAGUCCUCCACACAUUGGAAAAGAACCCUCGUUUCUCUGUGGAAAGAAAGGAAGGGACCAAUCAUCUGCAAAUCUCUGGUGUCCACCUCUCAGAUUCAGCUACAUACUUCUGCGGGAGCUCACACUCCAACAUGGUGGAAUUUGGAGAAGGGAUCUUUCUGAGUGUUCGAGGAGCUAAUCACCAGACAAUUGACCAAGAACCAGCAUCUAUGACCAUCCAAGUUGGCGACUCAGUGAUGUUCAACUGUACAGUACACACUGGAACCUGUGAUGAAGAACAUAGUGUCUACUGGUUUAGACACGGAUCCCACCCAGGAAUUGUUCACACACAUAUAAACACAAAUAAACCCGUCUCUGUGAAGUCUCCUUCACAGAGCUGUGUGUACCAUUUGCAUAAAAUGAACCUUAGCUCCUUUGAUACUGGAACCUAUUACUGUGCGAUGUCCUCCUGUGGGGAGAUACUGUUUGGUAAUGGAAGCAAGCUUAUCAUCAGAGGUGAUGUUAAAGACCGAGAUGCUGAGGUAAAAAUUUUGGUGUGGCUCUCUAUCAUUAGAGCCGGGAUUCUCUUGUUCUUUCUACCCUCAUGUAUUUGUGUAUUUGUCAGAAAAAGCUGUUAAUUCAGCAAACUUGUGUUACGCAAAACUUAAACACAAGUUUAUUUGUUCAAGAAGAAAACAGAUUAAGAGAUGAACGGGUAUUAGCAUGUUCAUUUACUCAUCCAGUCACUAUAUUUGUUUUAAUACUUUUUUAAAAGAUAAUAUCUCUUUUGUUGUUGUUUUUAUGUAAUCCUGAAUUUGAAAGAGUAGCAAAAUCAAAUUUCACAUUUUAAUAUUUUUACCAUUCAGUGGUAUUUAAUUCUUGUAAUACGAUGCCAUAAAAAUAAACAAACAAACAAAAUAAAACAAAAGACUAUAAUUUAAAAGAAAUUACAUAUUUACAGAUAUUAAUUCUGAAUAAGAUGAAAGAAAAUCUAAAUUAUCCACAUUUUGUGUAAAAUAACAUGAAAAAAGUGAAACAGAGUUGCCAUAAAAAUGUUUCUUCCUCUCAGAACAGACUAAUAAAGCUGUUGUAAAUUUUUAAUUUUAGAAUAUAAGUUUAUUACUGUAAAGCCAUUUUUAAAAAUUGGAUGCAAUUAGUAACACCCACCCAGACAUAGGGCAUUUUAAAAUCUGUAUUAUAAAUUUCAUACAUUCUUUGUCAUAAUGAUUGAUUAUAUUUUCACAUUGUGUUAGAGUUUGCGCAUGUUUCAUUUAUAUUGAUUUUUUACAUGACUGUAUAAGUGCUCUGCAGUGUGUAGUUGGUUUGUUGACCAUCCCUAUGUAUACACAUAUAGUUGUAACUGGAGUGAUAAUAUGUUUGUUGUUUAAUAAUUGUUAAA